CAAGGCGCUGCGUGACCAGCGGGCAGGCCACUUCGGCCAUGAAGCGGCAACAGCAGCGGCGUCGGCCGCGGCGCGGGUCGGGGCAGUGUCUUGGGGCGGAGAGCAGGUGGCGCGUCUCCCCGAGCGAUAGAGGCGCGCCCAACACCAGCAAGGGCCGGAAGAAGCCGCCCGUCGUGUCCUGCUGUAGUCUGUCGGGCAGCGAGACCCAGCAAGAGAUGACGCGCCGGAGAAUCAGCCCCGGGCGCUUCUCUCCGCCGCAAUGCUUCCCGGACGCGGCUUACAGCUCCGAGCCCGAAGCGGCGGGAGGCGAGGGCUGCCUUGGGCGCCUCCAGCUGGCGCAAAUGUACCGCGACGAAGGCGGAAUGCUGAUGCCGCGGAAAGGCAAGUACAGGGGCGCUUCGCUCCCGCACGCUAAGGCUCCGGCCCUCGCCACCGCCGCUUCGGCCCGUCUGCGCCGCCCCACCUUGCCCCAACAGCACCAUUAUCUCGCUCCGGCCGGCGAGGGCUGCGCUACUCCUUGCACCACUUCUUGUACCACUCUCUACGGCGGAGAUUUCCAGCCCCACCACGAGCUGCCCGGACGCUCUCCGACAGGCAGGUGCACCCGGGUGGAGGAGCUGCUCCGGGACGACCAGUGGGCCAGUCCUGUGACUAGAGCUCUAGAAUAUGGCACGGAUUUUCCCACCGACGUCAGCAAGCCACCGUCAAUUUGCCCGUCGUCUUUUUCCUUCACUCAGAUCGACCAUAAACCUUCUCCCAAGCUGGAGAAGAAGGAACCCAAAAGAAGGGAUUGGCAGGAGCCCUGUGACAGCAGCCCCAGCCUGGUAGACCUGAUGCAUUCCUUGAGACAGUAUGAGGAGGAAGACCCAAUGGCUUAUUUGCCCCCUAACACCAAUUCACAUCAUCACCGUCACCACAAUCACCACAAGACCAAGAAGGGAGACGCUCAGGUCAGCCUCCACGAUCUGACUGAGAAGAGAUAUGAAGACAUGAUUCCAGAAAGGGACAAAAAGCUUGCUGCUUUGAUGUUAGCUAGGCAUCAGGAGGAGGAAGAGAUGAAGGAUAGGCAGCUCCAGGUCUCUGAGGCUUGGGAGAAGAUGAGGCGGAAGGAGAAGAAGCACAAAGCGAAGUUGGAAAAGGAGAGGCAAUACCAGCUGGCAGACAAUGUGGACCAAUGGCAGAGGGACCGGGAUCAAAGAAAAGCCAAGGCUAAGCUAGAGGAAGAGCAACUAAUGGCCGCUAGGGAGAGGGAUAUUUUGUUGCGUGACAAGAAGUGGAAAAAGCUAGCUAAAGAGCAGGAGUGUAGACGUAGAGAGAAAUUUGAAAAUGCCAGGCUUCAGGCUGAGUAUAGGAAACGUUGCCAGGAAAAGCAAGUCUGGGAUAAACGGUUGAUGGACCGAAAUGUCAAAGAUCAGAACUCUCAUGCAUACAAAGAGAAGAUGCUGCAGGCCCUGGAGAAGAGGCUUAUAAAGGAAAUGGAAAGGAAGAAGAGGAAGGUAGAACCGAAUGACUAUAAGAAACUCAAGCCCAUGCAGAUGAAAGACCCAGUUGAGGACAAGCUCAAAGCUGAUGAGUUGUACAAGAGGCUUUGCAUUGAACAAAAGCUUCAGAGAUCUCAGGAAAUCCUGGAGCAGCUGCUUGAAGAAAGGAAUAGAGAACUAAAAGAAAAGUCAUACAAGGAAGAAGAGCAUGGCAUAGUAGCCAAGACGAGAGCUAAAGAGACAGAAGAGGAAAAGAGAAGGCGCAAGGAGAUGUUGUUGCAAAUAGCUGAGAUGAAGAUACAGCAGGCCAGGGAAAUCAUGAGCAAAAAUAUGCAAGACAGAGUACAACAUAUAAAAGAAAUUAAUUGCGCCAAGGAAAGGAACCACCAUUGCCGUAAACAGAAGCUCGAAUAUGAUGAAAAAUGCCACCUACGGGAAUUGCAAGAAGCCUUAAGAAGAAAAGAUCUGAAAAGCAACCAGCUUCUAAGGUACAAGGAUGCAGCUAUUGAAGACUCUAGGAGAAUAGCCAGAGCCCCAUAUGGCCUUAGAGACAAAAUGAGAGACAUGAUAAACCACAAUACAUUUGAUCCAAUGGCUUUAGAUGCCCACCGUAAUGCAAAUUGCCCAAGAGGCCUGUAAUGAAGUUUAAGGAAACAAACUGUCUUCUGCCAAAGUAGAUGGUUGCAAUGCAUUCAUUUUGUAGAACUCUGCAUUGCUGUACACUAAAGUGAUUUCAGCCUUAAUUACUCUUUGACUGAUAAGUACUGUGGUUUAAAGGAAUUUACAAUAUACACUAAAAAGCU